CUUUUUUUAUCAACUUGCUUCUUACAAUAAAAAUUAUAAGAGUUGUAAAUAUUUCUAUAUAUAAUUCCUUGAGUAUAUCCAAGCGCAAAAUUAUUUCCAAUCGCCACACCUUGAACAUUUCUAAUGCCACGAUCGCCUGAAAACAGCUUUGUAAAGUCUUACUCGCUGAACAAUUACGAGCCAGGUAAUAAAAUAAUUAUCGUUAGCUGACGAAUAAAUUGCACCUUCGAUCUUGUGAAGAUCACUCGACGAAGCCAAGACAGAACAGUCUUGGCGAUUGCACGAAGCAAAUCGCGUGAGUGAUUUUCGUGCAAUAAAGUUGUCGAGUUGUACAGAACCAACAUGCCCGGAGGUGUUGUAUUUUUGGUUUGCAUUCCCACUCUGAGCUACGAGCAUGAACUUGUGUUCGGCGUGCCGCUAAAGCGAUCUAAGAGGAUCGAGAAGACCAAGAAUAGAAUCACGGCUCCGAAGGUGGACCUCCGUCUGAAGGAAGCGAAAAGUCGCGCGCAAUUGCUUACGCUCGACGAUGACGGUCACGGUGACGACGACGACGUCGGCGUCGACGUCGGCGUCGAAUCUAGGAAACGUGCUCGCGGAUAUCCCGCGCGAUCGAAAACGGCGGUCUUCGUAUCGAUGGAAACGGUAUUGGAAGAGCUUUUGAAAAAGCUGAGAGUAGAGCACGUUGUGUGGUGCAAGGACAAGGAAGAUAUGUAUUAUGAGGUGAUAUUUCCGGUACCGGCUGGCGAUCCCUGCGAAAAUUGUAUACAUUGCCUCACCGAAAUGGGUAUCGGCGUUAAAAUGAACUCGAUAGUAAGCGUAAUCCCGACACAAUGCACGUACAGCGGUGUGAACGAGACAGGAUCGCUGGCUAUCAAGGACGACAUUGCACGCAGACGGAAAGAGUCGGAGGAUCGUAAGAACGCUUGGAACGAAUUCGUAGGAUCUAUCAGAUCGAAAUUGACGGUAAAACAAGUGGUCGAUGGCGUUCGCAGUGGCGGUGAUCUCUCUUUCGAUUACGUGUGUCUGGUAUUAACCGCGGACUGUCUCGCUGCACUUGGUCUCGUCGAGAACAGUGCAACUAAUGUCGUUGCAGCCAUGCUAGUUUCUCCUCUCAUGGGACCUGUGAUGUCUCUGACUUUCGGGACGAUCAUAGCCGACCGAGACUUGCAGCUGGUCGGCCUGAAAAGCUUGAUGCUCGGCAUCUUCUUGUCGAUACUCUUCGGCUUCAUAUUCGGUCUUAUCCUCGGCACAACCGAAAUGCCUUGGGGCUACAACGACUGGCCAACCGACGAAAUGAAGGGCAGAGGCAAUUAUAGAUCGCUCUGGAUGGGUGUUCUUUGGGCCCUUCCCUCUGGCACAGGUGUCGCAGUCGCUUUGCUGCAAGGCAGCAAUGGACCGUUAAUUGGCGUCGCCAUAUCAGCUUCAUUGCUACCGCCAGUCGUUAAUUGCGGUUUGUUUUGGGCUCUGGGAUGCAUAUGGCUCAUAUAUCGGCCAAUAAAAAUGCCCCAUAUCAAAGGCGAAUCUUAUACAAACUUUAAUAGCUCCUACACAUAUGUAUACAGCGAUUACUUGCCCGUAGAAUUCUUCUGCAAUGGUAUUAUCAGUGCGUGUCUGACGUUUAUCAAUGUAAUGUGCAUCUUUAUUACGGCGAUAAUAGUCUUGAAGAUUAAAGAAGUGGCUGCACCAUACACGUCCACGCCGGAACUACGUCGAUUUUGGGAACACGAUAUCCGGCUGGUUCGCGAUAAGAAUAUCUCCAGAGAUAACAGUUCCUUGGAUUCAAGUUUCUACGAGGGACUAAGUAAAACUAAACAACGAGCGUUGGAACGCACACUAAAUGAAGCGGUCAGGGAAGCGAUGAAUGACGAAACCUUCAGAAAAGUACAAAGACUCAGUUACGGGCAACACGGACCAGAAGAGAUUGGCUCGCGGUUUGGGCUUCAUGGUCGUGGAACCACGGGCAGAAACAACGUAAAAGAUGGUGGAAGUGUUGAAAAUAUAAUAGGUGGUGAUCUACCCAAAGGUUUAGCGAAUUCUGCUAAUACAAGCGAGGACUUGAUCGCAUUGGAUCGUUUAAUAACAUAUCUCUUGAGCCAACCGAAUAACCCCACUGGCAACAAUUUAGAUUCGUGGAGACGCUCGCAUCGAGCCAGUUCACGAGGUUAUAGACAGUUACGUGGCAGUCCUGGCGAUAUCGCGGAAACCGGUGGCGUUGGCACAACGCCUCUUUGAAUAUAUAAGUUGACAUUUAAAAAAGAGCCAACAUUGCAUAUAAAAUUAGCAAUACAAUAGCUGAUUUUGAUUUAAAUGUGCCUUAAGUGUGAAAUAAAACUGUAACAAGGACGAGGUACAUACAUAGAAAUGUUACAGUAACACAAUUUUUGCUAAAGAUAUGAUAGAUAUUAUUGAUAUCUGCAUUUGUAUCACAAUUUGCACAACAUAGCGAAUAUAAGAAUUUUAAAUAGA